AGGGCUGCUUUUCUGCACAGGGGACUCAUAUGGCGGUUGGCUUUGCACAGCCUCGGUUUCAACCAUCUCCCAUCUGUCCUUGAUGGUAUCUCACCCGAAGCUGUUCCAUUUGGUCUCCUAUUGUGCAGCAAUGAUCAGACUUACUAUGACGAUGGGUUGUUGGAAGAAGAAAUCGAUUUUAUGUGCGGGACAUACUACAUGCACCAGGCUCAGGGCACGGAUGUAGUAGUAUCAUCCUGGUGGCCUCGGCCGCAUGCUUGGAAUGCAUCGGGCUUGAACAUCGGUUUUUGGUCUGCUCGUUGUGAAGAUUGGUUCCAAACCCGUCUUGGCAAUAUCAGAGAAGGAGUUUCUCACGAGCAACUUUCGUGCACCGAUGACGCCAAUGGUCCAAUGACCUCCACGCAGUGGAAGCGCUCCCUCAAAUUUAACCCUGGCACAACCAAGAUGAUGCAAAAUGUUUUGGCGGCGUGUUAUGAUUUCAUGACUAGAGCACCUGGUAAGAGUUAUUAA